AUGACUGGAGUCUUUGACAGUCUGGUGGCCGACAUGCACUCGACCCAGAUCACGGCCUCCAGCACGUACCACCAGCACCCGCAGCCCCCGAGCGGCGGCGGCGCUGGCCCGGGUGGCAGCAACGGCGGCAGCAGCCUCCACAAGCCGCAGGAGUCGCCCACCUUGCCCGUGUCCACCGCUACCGACAGCAGCUACUACACCAACCAGCAGCAGCAGCAGCACCCGGCGGGCGGCGGCGGCGGCGGCGGCGGUGGCGGAGGGGGUUCGCCCUACGCGCACAUGGGUUCCUACCAGUACCACCCCGGCGGCCUCAACAGCGUGCCCUACUCCGCCAAGAGCGGCUACGACCUGGGCUACACGGCCGCCUACACCUCCUACGCGCCCUACGGAACCAGCCCGUCCCCGGCCCACAACGAGCCCGAGAAAGAGGAGCUAGAGCCUGAAAUCCGGAUCGUGAACGGGAAACCAAAGAAAGUCCGGAAACCCCGCACCAUCUACUCCAGUUUCCAGCUGGCGGCUCUGCAGCGGCGCUUCCAGAAGACUCAAUACUUAGCUCUACCCGAGAGAGCCGAGUUGGCGGCGUCUCUAGGUCUUACCCAGACUCAGGUCAAAAUCUGGUUUCAGAACCGCCGAUCCAAGUUCAAGAAGAUGUGGAAAAGCGGGGAGAUCCCCACGGAGCAGCACCCCGGGGCUAGCGCCUCGCCCCCUUGCGCUUCGCCGCCCGUCUCGGCGCCCGCUAACUGGGACUUCAGCGCCCCGCCAAGGAUGGGUGGCGGCGGCGGCCCAGGCAGCGGCGGCAGCGGCGCGGGCAGCUCGGGUUCCAGCCCCAGCAGCGCGGCCUCGGCUUUCCUGGGCAACUACCCCUGGUACCACCAGGCCUCGGGCUCCGCCUCGCACCUACAGGCGGCCGCGCCGCUGCUGCACCCAACGCAGACCCCGCAGCCGCACCAUCACCACCACCACCAUCACCACCACGGCGGCGGCGGGAGCGCCCCGGUGAGCGCGGGGACGAUUUUCUAA